AAGGCUUUAUUCACCUAGUGGACUAUAGGAGGUAGAGGGAAUGGCUGAGACGAGUGGAGGAAGUGUCGUGGGGGCGGUUGGCAACAACUGGACUGUGACUGGACAGGAAUGGGGAGAGGGAAGUGACGGGCCAGGAAGUGAGUUUGUUGACAGGGAACGCGGGAGAUUGGAAAGACGGACAGCAAAUGCUAGCAACAGGUACAAACGUGAAAAGGAUAACAGAUCUGAUACUGAUGAGCUGACUUCUGGUGAUGAUAUCGAAAGAAGGCUGGAAUAUAAAGUGUUGGUCAGGUUGGAGCAGGAAGGAGCGACUUUUGAGGAGUGGAGUCCGACCCAUCUCACUAAGGCAUUGCAUAAGGAGUUUGGAGAGGUAAUCAAGAUGAGUCAGAAGCUGAUGAUUAUCGACACUGACUGCGGCAUAGACGAUGCCCAGGCUAUAAUGUUGGCUCUCGCCUCAUCCAGUGUGAAGAUCCUGGGCAUCACCUGCUGCUUUGGAAACAGUGACGUGGACAACGUGUGUCAGAAUGUACUGCGUGUAUUGUCCGUGUGUCAGCGUACUCAGAUUCCUGUCUUUCGAGGGGCAGCUCGCCGUUUGGUUGGAACAACAAAUCCAUUCAAAGAUCAUUUCGGGACAGAUGGCUUGGGAGAUGUUCUACAGGACAGAGAUUCAGAUGUUUGGAAAGCACAAAUACAGAAAGAGCAUGCGGUUAAUUCUUUGAUCAGAUUGGUAAACAAGCAUCCAGGGCAGGUCUCUCUUGUGGCUCUGGGUCCGCUCACAAAUUUAGCUCUGGCUGUUAGAAUGGAUCCCAGCAUUCCGCAAAAGCUGAAGGAUUUGUACAUUAUGGGGGGCAACAUGGAAGGUAAGGGAAAUAUAAUGCCAUGUGCAGAGUUUAACUUCUUUAUGGAUCCCGAGUCUGCCUAUAUAGUCCUAGAGGAAUAUCUGUGUCCCACACACAUAGCCACCUGGGAGUUUACCUGCAGAAACAAGCUCUCUUGGGAGUUCUUUGAUGAACUGAUUGGACAGGACACACCAGCUGCUCGUUUUAUGAAGAUGAUCACCUCCAAAUGUUGGGCUUUCUCCCGGGAGCCUGGAAGUAAUGCAAAAGAUGUACUUUUCGGACCAGGGUUUGUGCCUUACGAUACCUAUGCCGUUGCAGCAUGUGUGGAUGACAGUGUGAUCACAGAAAGCAUAGAGUGUGGUGUUCGUGUGGAGAUUCAGGGACAGCUUGGCCAAGGCAUGAUGGCAUUGGAUUUCACAGGCAAGCUGAAAAGUCAUCGGGUGUUUGUUAUGAAGACAUGUGACCUCACCAAGUUCAGGGCCAUGCUCAUGGCUUCCUUACAGCAACCAUGAGGAGUUACAACAGUUUAGUGGGUGAAGAUUUCAUAUUCUAUUCAUCCAUUUUGGAUUUUAAAGAAAAAUCUUCUCAUUUCAGCUUCUGGACUGUUUAGGCAUUUCUAAAUUAGUACAAGUUCAUAGGACAUCAGUAAACACAACUCCAGUGCCAAGUUGGCACACUUAAACCCCAUUUACAUUUGUGUUGUGCCUGUAGGUUUCACACCUCAGUAAACGAGAAUGAUAUAUGUAUAUUACAUUGUUCCAUAGGGUCAGCCUCUCGAGCACCUGCGGAGCUGUUGAUGGUUUACAGACUUGAUCAUGGACCCAGCUGUGUUAAGAGGGAAGCAUUGAUGCUGGUAUAGGGGGUUUGAAUCAUGCUAUUUGAAUGCAAAUAUAUGAAAUUGUGAUUUCUUGUACAACCCAGAUUCCAAAAAAAGUUGGGACAAAGUACAAAUUGUAAAUAAAUAAAAACGGAAUGCAAUGAUAUGGAAUUUUGAAACUUCCACAUUUUAUUCAGAAUAGAACAUAGAUGACAUAUCAAGUGUUUAAACUGAGAAAAUGUAUCAUUUAAAGAGAAAAAUUAGGUGAUUUUAAAUUUCAUGACAACACCACAUCUCAAAGUUGAGACAAGGCCAUGUUUACCACUGUGAGACAUCCCCUUUUCUCUUUACAACAGUCUGUAAACGUCUGGGGACUGAGGAGACAAGUUGCUCAAGUUUAGGGAUAGGAAUGUUAACCCAUUCUUGUCUAAUGUAGGAUUCUAGUUGCUCAACUGCCUUAGGUCUUUUUUUGUCGUAUCUUCCAUUUUAUGAUGCGCCAAAUGUUUUCUAUGGGUGAAAGAUCUGGACUGCAGGCUGGCCAGUUCAGUACCCGGACCCUUCUUCUAUGCAGCCAUGAUGCUGUAAUUGAUGCAGUAUGUGGUUUGGCAUCGUCAUGUUGGAAAAUGCAAGGUCUUCCCUGAAAGAGACGUCUGGAUAGGAGCAUAUGUUGCUCUAGAACCUGGAUAUACCUUUCAGCAUUGAUGGUGUCUUUCCAGAUGUGUAAGCUGCCCAUGCCACACGCACUAAUGCAACCCCAUACCAUCAGAGAUGCAGGCUUCUGAACUGAGCGCUGAUAACAACUUGGGUCGUCCUUCUCCUCUUUAGUCCGAAUGACACGGCGUCCCUGAUUUCCAUAAAGAACUUCAAAUUUUGAUUCAUCUGACCACAGAACAGUUUUCCACUUUGCCACAGUCCAUUUUAAAUGAGCCUUAGCCCAGAGAAGACGUCUGUGCUUCUGGAUCAUGUUUAGAUACGGCUUCUUCUUUGAACUAUAGAGUUUUAGCUGGCAACGGCGGAUGGCACGGUGAAUUGUGUUCACAGAUAAUGUUCUCUGGAAAUAUUCCUGAGCCCAUUUUGUGAUUUCCAAUACAGAAGCAUGCCUGUAUGUGAUGCAGUGCCGUCUAAGGGCCCGAAGAUCACGGACACCCAGUAUGGUUUUCCGGCCUUGACCCUUACGCACAGAGAUUCUUCCAGAUUCUCUGAAUCUUUUGAUAUUAUGCACUGUAGAUGAUAUGUUCAAACUCUGCAAUUUUACACUGUCGAACUCCUUUCUGAUAUUGCUCCACUAUUUGUCGGCGCAAAAUUAGGGGGAUUGGUGAUCCUCUUCCCAUCUUUACUUCUGAGAGCAGCUGCCACUCCAAGAUGCUCUUUUUAUACCCAGUCAUGUUAAUGACCUAUUGCCAAUUGACCUAAUGAGUUGCAAUUUGGUCCUCCAGCUGUUCCUUUUUUGUACCUUUAACUUUUCCAGCCUCUUAUUGCCCCUGUCCCAACUUUUUUGAGAUGUGUUGCUGUGAUGAAAUUUCAAAUGAGCCAGUAUUUGGCAUGAAACUUAAAUAUCUCACUUUCGACAUUUGAUAUGUUGUCUAUGUUCUAUUGUGAAUACAAUAUCAGUUUUUGAGAUUUGUAAAUUAUUGCAUUCCGUUUUUAUUUACAAUUUGUACUUUGUCCCAACUUUUUUGGAAAUCGGGGUUGUAUAUUUACCAUGCACUUCACCUUAAAUUUCUCAUGAUUGAAAUCACUGUAUCACAAUUGUACUGGUUUAAAGGUAGAUUUCUAAUUGAACAGACGUUAUCCAUCUUUAGCCCACACAUUACACAAUUUUUUAUUUUUAUAUAUAAAUUUUUUUUAACGUCGAAUUGCCAACACCCAUGUUGCACAAUAUGCUAAUAAAAAUACAAGUGGGAAAAACAACAACUACACCGUA